CGGUACCCGUUAAAGUAAUGGUUCUAUGCUAUCCCACUUGCUAUUGCUGGGGACGCUCGUACUAUAUUCCUCUUCUUUCUUCAUUACACUUCUCUCUAUUGACCCAUCACAGAUCGCUUCUUAUCUUCUUGAUAUGAAGACCGGUAGCAGGAGCAGAGGGGCUACGAGAAAAGAAACUAAAGAUGCAUUGAAGCCUGUCGAUGAUAGGCGCGCUGGGAAGAGGAAAGGUGUCCAAAAGGAAGAUACACGGAAGAGUAAGAAGGAAAAGACGGCUAUUAAAGACCCAAACAAGCCCAAAAGGCCCCCAAGCGCCUUCUUUGUAUUCCUUGAGGAUUUCCGGAAGACCUUCAAAAAGGAAAAUCCAAAUGUGAAGGCCGUCUCAGCAGUUGGAAAAGCUGGUGGAGAGAGGUGGAAAUCCUUGUCCGAAGCUGAAAAAGCUCCGUAUGAAGCUAAAGCUGCGAAGAGGAAGGCUGAAUACGAAAAGCUUAUGACUGCUUACCUCAAGAAGCAGGAGAGUUCUUCUGACGAGGAUGAUGAAGGUUCUGAGAAGUCGGCAUCUGAAGUUCAUGACGAUGAGCAGGAGGAAGAUGAGGACGAAGGUGACAACGACGAUGAGUGAAGUUAAGAAUAACUCGUGAAAUGUGCGCUGUGAGUGGACGGUGGCCUUUGUAUGUUUUUGUGCCCUACAUUUUGCUAUGUAAAAUGGGACAAGCAUGAUGUGCACGUAAUCUAUGUAUCGUAUAUAGCUCCUUAUCGUGCGAGCGCUUUAGCGUUGUUAAUGUCAAUGCUCUAUGCUCUCUUGUUCA